ACUAGCUCUCCGCCCACAUCUCUGCUCCAUCUCCAUCCAUCCUCUCUCCCUCCUCCCAGCUGCUCUCAGUUCCCAUUCUGCAUCUCGCAGCUGUCAUCCUCCAUGUUUGUGACCAUGAAAUACAAUGACGCCGUCCCUUUGGUCUAUCCCUUGGUGGUAUUGCUGGUGUGUGGGCUGAAUCCAUCAUUUGGUCACAGUCCACGAAGCCCUGAUCGUGUGUCAGAAGCGGAUAUUCAACGUUUGCUUCACGGAGUAAUGGAAGAGCUAGGCAUCGCCAGGCCUAGAGUGGAAUAUCCUGCGCACCAGGCCAUGAACCUUGUUGGCCCACAAAGCAUUGAAGGUGGUGCUCAUGAGGGCCUUCAGCACUUGGGACCAUAUGGCAACAUCCCCAAUAUUGUAGCUGAACUUACAGGGGACAACAUUCCUAAAGAUUUCCGAGAAGAUAAAGGAUAUCCAAACCCUCCCAACCCAUGCCCUGUUGGAAAGACUGGUGAUGGUUGUUUGGAGAAUACACCAGACACAGCCCAGUUCAGCAAAGAAUACCAGCUGCACCAGAACCUAUAUGACCCAGAACACAACUAUCCAGGAGUAAAUAAGUGGAAUAAGAAGUUACUGUUUGAGAAGAUUAAGGGAACACCCCAGAGAAAGAAGCGGAUGGUGAAUCCAUACCUGCAGGGACAGAGACUGGACAAUGUUGUAGCCAAGAAGUCUGUUCCACAUUUCUCUGGUGAAGAAGAGGAAUAAGCAGAACCAAAUGAGUGAGCCGCCUUUGCUGUGAUCCAGCGUGGCGUCCUAUCUACUGCUCCAGAGCCCCACUGACUGGCAGCAUGUUUAUUAUUUAUAGACCUGUGAAUGGGAAACAGCUGGAUUUAUAACAUUAUGUUGUCAUAGAUAAUAAAAAAUAUAGACUUCUGCUUUCUGUUAAAUUAGGGGAACGGUAUCUUUUCUUGUGCUUUUUUUUCUGUGUGUCCUCAAGAGGAAGUUUAACCAAUUGGUUACUGCCAAACACUGUCAGUGUUAAGACAUAGAGAAAAAGUCAGUUCUCCUUUCCUUGAGUGAACCUGUGCCUGCCUGUAGAGAUGGCUCACUACUGUCUAGAAUCAGCAUUGUAUAUUAGAAAUAAGUGCAAUAAAGUCUUCACUUCAUAUGUG